AUUUAAACUACCCAAAACUCUAACCCAAAAUUCAUAACUAAAACUUAUACUUACCUAACAAAAGGCACCUUAACCUUGGUUGGAGAAAGAAGGAAGAAAGGAUGUAGGUGGAAGAGGAAGGUGUAGGAAAACAAAAAUGGGGCUUUUGGGAGCCUUCUGGAGGCUUAUCCAAGCUUCCACCGACAAAGAAAAAAAACUUGGUUGGGACAAUGCCAUGUGUAAUGGUGUGUGGGAAUCUGUAGAAGAUGGGUUUCAUCCUCUUAUGCUGCCAAACAAUCCAACUGUAGCCCAAAUGAAGCAACAUGCUGACUAUGUUCAAGCUUCAUACAAAGCCCUCUCAUACAUUCACAGUGUUGUAACAGAUGAUAUUUUCUCAAGGAUCAUGGGAGCAGAAACAACACAAGAAGCAUGGGAUACUCUUAAGAAAGAGUUUGAUGGCAGUUCUCGGGUUAAAGAUAAAUUUGAGUCUAAGAUUUCUACCAUAAAGGAAUCUUGUGACCUUAAAGAGCUAACCAUCACUGACCUUAUAAGCAAGCUUCAAGCUCAUGAGCAAAGGCUGGUUAUGAAAACUGAUGAAACUACAGAAGGAGCCUUCCUUGCAAGGCAAAAAGGAAAACAACUAGCCACUAGUUCUGAAAGCAAUAAGACCAUGGCUCAGUACAAACCAAAGCAACAACAGCAAGUUAAUUAUGCUGAAGAUCAGUGCAAGGAGGACUACUUGUUCACAAUGUCACAAGGUUCAUCUCUGCCAUCUAGUAGCUCAUUUGUUGAUAGUGGAUGCACUAAUCAUAUGGCUCGGGAUGAAAAUUUCUUCAUUGAAAUAGACAAAUCAGUUAUCACAAAUGUCAAGUUAGGAAAUGGUAAUGUGGUGAGAUCACAAGGGAAAGGUACUGCUGUUAUUCAAACUAAAAUAGGCAAGAUGCAUAAGUUGCCUUUUCCUGUGAAUAAAUCUUUUAGAGCAACUCAGAAGCUUGAACUGGUGCAUACGGAUAUUCGUGGUCCUAUGAGAACACCAUCUCUCAGCCAAAACAGAUAUUUCAUCCUCUUUAUUGAUGACUUUACAAGAAUGACAUGGGUAUACUUUCUUGGCAGCAAAGGGCAAGCCUUGCCUGUGUUCAAAAAAUUCAAAGCUUUGGUUGAAAACCAAAGUGGAUGCAGAAUUAAGAAGCUCAGAUCAGAUAAUGGCAAGGAGUAUACCUCUAAUGAUUUCAAUUUGUUUUGUGAAGAAGCUGGUGUUGAUCAUCAAUUGACAGUGUCUUAUACUCCACAGCAAAAUGGCAUUGCAGAGAGGAAAAAUAGAACCGUUAUGGAGAUGGCAAGGUGCAUGUUAGCAGAGAAGAAAUUGCCUAAAUGUUUUUGGGCUGAAGCAGUUUAUACAGCUGUCUAUCUCUUAAAUGGUCUACCAACAAAGGCAGUAAAAGGCAUGACACCUAUUGAGAGAAAAUUAGAUGAGAAGGCAGAAAUUGGGAUCUUUAUAGGCUAUGCAACACAAGCAAAAGGCUAUAAGGUGUAUGAUCUUAUAUCCAAGAAGGUAAAUGUGCAUAAAGAUGUUGUUUUUGAUAAGAGUGCACACUGGAAUUGGGAUGCAGGGAAGAUAGAAAAAGAAGUUGAUGAUGAUUCACCGGUUUUGAAAACCAAGUCACUAGUUGAGAUUUAUGCAAGAUGUAAUUUAGCUUCUGCAGAACCUAAUUGUUUUAAAGAAGUAGCUAAACAGCAGCCUAUUGGAGUGAAGUGGGUGUUUCGAACUAAGCUAAAUCCAGAUGGUUCUAUACACAAACAUAAGGCCAGACUUGUUGUGAAGGGGUAUGCUCAACAGCCGGGGGUUGAUUAUGGAGAGACUUAUGCUCUAGUGGCAAGACAUGAUACAGUAAGGCUUCUAAUUGCAUUAGCUGCUAAUUUGGGUUGGAAGUUGUUUCAUAUGGAUGUAAAAUCAGCUUUUCUUAAUGGUGUUUUGCCAGAGGAAAUUUAUGUUGAACAACCACCUGGGUUUGAGAUUACAGGGAAGGAAGAUUGUGUUUAUAAGCUUAACAAGGCUUUGUAUGGUCUAAAACAGGCGCCAAGGGCCUGGUAUUGCAGAAUUGAUCACUACUUGAUGAGUCAAGGCUUCAGGAGGAGCACAAAAGAAGCAACUUUAUAUGUGAAAGGCAACAGCAGUGAAUCGCAACUUAUUUUGUCAUUGUAUGUGGAUGACUUAUUGUUAACUGGAAAUGAUUUGAAGUUGUUGGAACAAUUCAAGAAGGUUAUGAUGCAAGAGUUUGCAAUGAUAGAUUUGGGAGAGACAAAAUAUUUUCUGGGACUUGAAGUUCAACAAUUGAGUAAGGGAAUUUUUAUUUGCCAGAGAAAGUAUGCACUGGAUAUCUUGAAGAAGUUUGAAAUGGAGAAUUGCAAACCAGUUGCCACUCCACUGGUUCAAAAUGAAAAGCUUUCCAAGGAUGAUCAAGAAACCAAGGUUGAUUCCUCCUACUACCGAAGUUUAAUUGGUAGCCUGCUUUAUUUAACUGCUACAAGACUUGAUUUGAUGUUUGCAGCAAGCUAUUUGUCAAGGUUUAUGUCAACUCCUAGUAAAUUUCAUUUAGUUGCAGCCAAGAGAGUUCUUAGGUACAUCAAAGGAACCUAUGAACUUGGCUUGUGGUUUGACAGUAAUCAACAAGGAAGGUUACAGGGGUAUGCUGAUAGUGAUUGGGCAGGUUCUAUGGAGGAUAUGAUAAGCACAACAAGUUAUGUGUUCUCCUUUGGUUCAGGGAGUUUCUCUUGGAAUUCAAAGAAGCAGGAUAUUGUAGCUCAGUCCACAGCUAAGGCUGAGUAUUUAGCAGCUGGGGCAGCAGCGAAUCAUGCUAUUUGGCUUAGAAUGGUGCUUGAAAAACUUGGUUUUGAUCAAAUUGAGCCUUGUGUACUCAAGGUAGAUAACAUGUUAGCAAUUACUAUUGCUCAAAAUCCAGUGCAGCAUGGUAGGACCAAACACAUCAAGAUUAAAUAUCACGUUAUUAGAAAUUAUGUUCGGGACAAAGAAAUUGUUUUGCAACAUUGUGAUUCUGAAGUUCAAGUUGCAGAUAUUCUGACGAAGGCUCUUCCAAGGUAGAAAUUUGAAGAGUUCAGAGAUAUGCUUGGAGUUACAAAUAUAAAAAGCAAGGAGGAGUGUUGAAAAUAUCAGUUAACAGCAGUUAUGCUUUUUUAAUUUGUAACUGUUUCUUUAGUUUUUUGCAGUUAAGCUCUAGUUUUUGGUAGUUUUUUUCUUUUGCAAAACUGAUAUGUACAUGCUGUAUGUAUUUUUCAGCAACUCUUAUGUCUCAUUUAAUUGGAAAUUAAAAAGAGAGCUCCAUA